AUGCUUCCUCUACUCUGGGAAAACCUUGCCCAGAUCUUAUUUUGGUUCCUCUGGCUCCAUCGAUAUGUUCGAUUCAUCGUCAACACCAUCAGCCAUUGGUGCUACAAGUCCGUCCCAAUUCCUGCGGAUCCGAAGUACUCGUCGAAAGAUGUUACUGUAAUCAUUCCCACGAUUCAUAAUAAUUUCGAGGAGUUGAAGGAGUCGAUGCAAAGUAUUCUCGCUUGUCAACCAUUUGAGUUACUGCUGGUCACAACAUCAGACAAGUAUGAUAAACUUGUCAGCUUUGCCAAAACUCUUGAGGUCUCAAACAUCCGCAUAUUCCACGUCCCAAUUGCGAACAAGCGUAUCCAGGUCUGCGAAGCAAUUCCCAAAGUCAAGACUGAUAUUAUUGUCAUGGCUGACGACGAUGUCACAUGGCCAAGCACAAUUCUGCCCUGGCUAUUGGCUCCCUUCGAGAACAAGAAGAUUGGGGGAGUUGGACCAUGCCAAAGAGUCAAGCGACUUAGUACUGGGGACUUCAGUGCUCUUCAAUACAACUGGCUUGGCGCUGCAUACAUCGAAAGACGCAACUUCGAGAUUUCGGCAACCCAUGGCAUUGAUGGCGGAACCUCCUGUAUGUCUGGACGCACUUGCGCAUUCCGCCGCGAGAUCUUGCAGAAUCCUCUGUUCUUGGUGGGGUUCGAGACUGAGCGCUGGGGUCAAUAUCAGCUUAACGCAGAUGAUGACAAUUUCGUUACUCGCUGGCUGGUGUCCAAUGGAUGGAAGACAUGGAUCCAAUACAACCGACAAUGCGAAAUUGAGACCACUCUUGAGAAUGAUCACAAAUUCUUGUAUCAGUGUUCGCGUUGGGCUCGUAGCAACUGGCGUAGCAAUUACACUAGUCUGUUCACUGAGAGACAUGUCUGGACGCAACAACCUUGGUCAACCUAUGCUCUGCACAUUGCGACGUUCACUUCUCUUUCCAUCAUCUUCGAUCCCUUGAUCGUAUACCUUACAUGUAAGGUUUUUGGGUGGAAUGCAAUGAUUGCGCAGCUGAUUUUCAUGUUCGUCGUCGUGAAGACUGUCAAGUUGGUCGGAUUGUUCAAGAGAAAUCCAAUGGACAUUGUCUAUUACCCGACCUCGGUCGUAUUUGGCUACUUUCAUGGCCUGAUCAAACUUUGGGCAUUAUUCACUCUCAGAAUUACUUCUUGGGGCAGCCGCGCGGAUGGUGAUACCAACGAUAAUGAGCGUAUGAGUCCUCGGGCUCGUCGCAGCGAAAGCAUCACUCUUCCUCCCGGUAAUCAUCCGGUUCUCGUCCGCUACAAGGAUGAGAAAGACUUCUUCACAACUUCCGAGAAGCAAAUCGACUCGGAUAGUGACGACUUCUCCGAAAGCGACUUGGACUUUGGUACCGACGCUUCUUAUGACUAUAAUGAUUCCAAUGACGACACUUCUUCUGAUUCCCAGGCCAUGAAGCCCCGUGGACGCUAG